AUGGUCGGGCAAGGCCGUGGGGUGGCCAAGGAGGCCGUCGCUCCGCCGUGGCGACCGAGCGCCCGGCGACGACAGAGGGCUCAGGCUGGAGGGCUGCACCGCACGGGCCCCGACCCGACCGCCCACCAAACCAACCGCCUCGGUCACAGAGGCGGCCCGCGACCCCGACACGGACCCGGACCCCCCGGGGCACUGGACACUCCUCGUGCGCGCCGCCUCUUGCCUCCAACGCGGCCAUUCCGCCGGGAGAAGGGGGUCCGAGAAGGCAAGCGAGGCUGCGAGGACACGGUGGGCGCGCGCCGGCCCGCGUCUGGCGAGGAGGGGCGCGGACGGCCGCCUGCCUGCCUGGCGCGGCGCACCGCGCGGCCCGCCACGGGCGCCGGGGCUCGCGCCGCGUCGGGUCUCAGCCAGGCGAGCGGCCACGCGCCCGCCCAGGCCCGCCGUCAGGAUGGCCGAGCGCCUUUCUCCACACACGCCCGCCCCCCGCCACCAGGAACCUUCAGUCCUUCUCAGCGCAGCUUUCCUCCCCAGGUGUCUGCGGCUGCAGCUGCUGCUUUUCCGGCCUCCCCGCCUGCGCCUCGCGCACCCUCGCCCACCCUCCCACUCGCAAGGCCCCACCCCGCCCCCCCCCCCGUCGGCGCCGACGCACGCGGCCCCGCGCCGGGUGGCGAGCCCUCCUCGCUUCGCGGGCGCCGCGACUUCUGCCUGCUGAACGGCCAACUCGCUCUCGCAGCCUUGCUUCCACGUCCGCCCCCGGCCGCUCCCCCUCCGCCCGGCACCCUGUCGUCCGCGCCCGCGCCGCCGGCCCGCCUGCGCCACCCAGCCACACCCAGGCGGCCGAGCCCCCCCCGCCUUGCCCGCCAGGGGGCUGCUGCGUGCCCUCCACGCUUCUCCGCCUUGCGGCCUCGGCCGGGCCACACCUGCCUGCCUCCCGCCCGGGACGCGCGCCACGCACCCUUGCUGCGGGCCGGCGAACACCGGCCUUCCGUGCACGAACCCGUCCCGGGAAGGGCGCUCGGCUGGGGUGGGAGCGGAAGCCCUGCGUGCCCGUCCAGCCCAGCCACAGGCGCCCAGCCCGCGCCCCGGCCCUCGGCGCCACCGCGCCCGUUCCCGGGGGGAGGGGGGGGAAGCCGCCGCCCGGGCCGGAGCCAAGCGCGGCCUGGCGUGCUCCCUGCCUCAGCCGGCAGUCCCCGAGCCAGGAGCCGCUCUGCCCAAGGGCCCCUCCUCACCACCACCACCACCCACCCUGUCAGAGCGGAGCGCCCGCGAGCGCCGUCGGCCAGAGCGCAGGAGCCAGGCUCACAACGCCUUUGGGUCCUGGGGCCUGAGCGCCGCUCGGGGCGGCGGCGGGGGCGCCCCGGGGAGUCGCGCUCCCGCGCUCGCGAGCACCCACCCAGCACAGGCCGAGCCCGGGGUCCCGGCCCCCGCCCGCAAUGGCACGCUCCAUCCCGCCCCUGCCGGAAAGCCAGCCCGCCAGAGGGGUUUUGGGUCGGGACCCGGCAGGUCGCUGAGAGGAACGUCGGCGCGCGGCCCGCGGCGACCACGCAGGCGCCUGCCCACGCAGACGGCGUCGGCUCCUGGCCCCCUCGGGCGACACCGACAGCGUCGCGGCGGCCGUGGUCGGCGCAGAAGGCGCGGGACCGGCCGAGUGGGCCGGCGGCCCGCCGCCCCGGGGUCCCUCCGAGAGCGCCGCGCCCUGGGGUCCUGCACGUGGCCCGGACCCUGGCUUUUGAGGUCGGCCGCCCGUCGUCUCCUGCUCGGAUGGAGCAGACAGAUGCCACUGGGCGAGCGGUGAGCAGUGACGGGCGGGUGUUGGCCAGCGCCUCUGGGGCGGCGUCGGGCGGCGGCGGCCACCGCUGCCCACGACCCCUCCCGCCCCCACACACGGCCCUGCUGCCAAGCCGCUGUGGCCCCAAGCCCUGCGGGCUCAGCCGCCCGUGUGCCCAGACACCUCCCCUUGUGGUUGCUGGCUUCCUCACGCGGACCCAGCCGGUGGCUCACGGAUUGCGCUGGAAGGCACACCCCACCUCUGGCAGCCGCCGGCCCCACCUCUUCACCUUUCCCAACCAUCAGCCCUGCUCCGCCAGUAACACCACCUCAGCCUGCACCCUCACCAUCCCCCUGCUCCCCCAAACGCACCCAUCCCACCCACCCCCACCCCUGCUCCCCACCUCCCCCAUCUCCACUGCCCCCUCCCGCCCACGCGCGCGCAGCCCGGUUCCUCCAUGA